AUCUCCUAUACUACUCAUCUUUUACCUUGUACUCAAUAAACUAUCUCCACAGGUUUUAAAAGGGUAUCGUACAGUGGGUGUGCUUUUGUCAACUUCAAUUUCUAAUCAAUUAGUACAUUUUCGAACCCAAUAUAAAAGCUAAAGUGAGGCUCCAAUGGAUUCACAUUCAGUUAGUGCUAUCCGAUAUGAAAGAAGAUCCCAGCAAAAGCAACAAGAUAGAAGAGGAGGGACAGAAAUAUGUCAAGUACAGAGGAGUAAGAAGAAGGCCAUGGGGAAAGUUUGCAGCAGAAAUACGCGAUUCGACAAGGCAAGGAGUUCGGUUGUGGCUUGGGACUUUUAAUACUGCAAAAGAGGCUGCAAGGGCAUAUGACAAAGCCGCUUUCUCUAUGAGGGGUCCUCUUGCAAUUCUCAAUUUCCCUAGUGAGCAUGGUUUUGUAGAUGCUGAUUACGCUGCUGCUACUUCCUCAUCUUUCACAGCAUCAUCUUCAACACUGCAUAACAUGGAAGUGACAAUGAGAACAGAACCCAGAAAAGAAGUUUUUGUGUUCGAGUAUCUAGAUGACAAGGUUUUAGAGGAACUUCUUGAUUUUGAAAACAAUAGCAAGAGAGUGGAACUUGGUGUACAAUAGUCAAUUCCUUCUGUGCUGUUUGAUUCUGUCUACUCUGUUUCAUUGAUGUGGGAUUUGAGUCAUUCAUGUGAAUUUGCUUAAAUAAACACUAUUCCCAUGUGA